AUGCAAGAUGUCUAUGAGAAUGCCAAUAAAGGUGAAGAUGAAAAAGAGGAGAGCUCCCACAGCAACACCAGCCCACUCUACUCAGGCGAAACGUCAAAUAAAAAGCUCCGGUCGAAGGUGUGGGAUGACUUCAUACCCUCCUUUGUUGAUGGGAAGGUGGCGCGGGCUGAGUGCAAGCACUGCCACCGGGUCUACAACUGCAGCAGCACCAAUGGCACUGGCAGCCUGCUAAGGCACCAGGCCAAUUGUAGCUCGGGGACUCACAAGAGGCCAAGGCAGCACGAACACACAUCCUUGCCAGACCCAAUGCAGAACAAGCUACCUUUCUUUCCAUUCAACCAAAAGAAACACUCGGGCACAACAGAUGCCUCACCUGAACAGGGGCUUACCUUGCCUGGUGUUCAUACCAAUGACACAAAUACGAAGAACCAGGAGGUUGAUCAGAAUGGGUCUCAUGACAAACUUGUGGUGCCUGAGCAGAAGAAUCUUGCUUCACUCAAGCAGGUCAUACCUACUGGCACUAAUUGCAAGAAUCAGGAGGUUAAACAGAAUUUUUCUCAUGAAGAAAUUGUCAGGGUAUUGUCCAUACACGGACACAACCCAAGCAUGAUGGAACAAGAUAGAUUCAAGAAACUAGUUGCUUACUUGAAUCCUAUGGUCAAGAUGCCAUCCUUCUUGUAUCUGAAUACGCACUUUUGGAACUUGUGUCAGCAAGAAGAGUCCAAGCUCAAGGAGAAGUUAAUAGCCUUGCGCAGCCGUGUUUGCUUGAGUGCUUACGUGUGGCGCUAUGAUCCACGUCCACACUUGGCAUUCUUGUGCUUGACUGUUCACUACAUCGAUGACAAAUGGGAGAAGCAACAAAAGAUCAUCAGAUUUCAUGCCGUGAAUCCCUCUUGCAAUGCAAAAGAACUGGGUGAUAUCAUAUGGGCGUCUAUUAUGAAAUGGCAUCUUGGUGGCAAGAUUUUCAGCAUUAUACUAGAUGAUGCAUUCAUUGAUGACACAGUGGCUUUGGAUGUCAAAGCCAGUCUACAGAAACAGAACAAACUUUGUGCAUACCGUAGCUUCUUUGUGGUACGUUAUGCAACUCAUGUACUUGAUCAGGUUAUUCAGGUGGGGUUGGAUGAGCUGGACACAUACAUGGGGAAGUCGGCAAAGUUUUCCAAGUAUACAACAGGCCCCACUCCUUCAGUAGUACAGUAUUCUAACUGCAACUAUGCACCUUCAACGAAAGACUGGAAACAUGCAAAGAAAAUUUGUAAGAUCUUGCAGGAUUUUCACAAACACAUGGACUCCAUGCACAGUUUUCCUAGUCCAACUAAUUUUUUUGACAAGUUGUGGGAUGUGAAGAAAGUGGUGCAUCGCAAAGCUUUUAUGUACACAUCAAGGGAAGAUGAAGCAUUUUCUGAAGUGCGGGAAAAGAUGAAAAGGAAAUUCAUGGAAACCUGGAGAGUCUGUUGCUUGCAUUUUUUUAUGCCAAUGGUCAUGGAUCCUAAAUACCGUCUGAGGCAUGUCAUGUCCCGUCUUCGUCUUGAUUGUGACACUUUUGAUGAUGAUAUGGCUGAUUAUCUUCAAGAAGUGCUUGAUACAUUGGCCAGCCUCUUUAAUGAGUACUCAAAUCUGGUGGAAGACCAUAACAGCACUUCUGGGGCUAAAACUAGCAAGGAAACUGUAGUGAGUGGAGAUAUGCUGAUAAAGUAUUUUUAUCAAUCUGAAUAUCCAUACGGUGAGCGAACGUUGUCUGAAUUGUAUCAGUACUUGCAAGAGCCAUGCCUGACAAGAGGUGACUCCAGUGUUCUCGAAUGGUGGAAGGAGCAUGACUUGACCUAUCCUACAAUUGCUCUAAUGGCACGUGAUAUAUUGGCACUACCCUGCAGUAUUGAUUGCAAGGUAGCUUCAAGGACUGCAAUAAUAGCAAUUACAGAGUCACGAAGCAACUACUGGGUUGAAGAGCUUGUCUGUGUUCAGGAUUGGCUCAAACCAGCUGGUAGACCUGUUCUUUUCAUGCCUCUUUGUUUCAUCCAAUCUCAUUCUUAUUCUGACCAAAAUUCUCAUUUCUUUAUAGGCACCACAGCUGUGGAGUCAAGCGAUGAUCUUUAG